UAAGAUGGUAGUAUGGAUGAAAUUAUUCCUUACAUAAAUAUAUCAAAUAUAAUGUUUAAAUCUUAUUUGUUUGGGUGGACAUAUUUGAUUUGAUAAGCUACUUUAUUUUAGUUGCUGGAGUUCCUAGAGAAAGGCAUGAAUUAAAUAAUUUGGCCCAUCGGUCAUAAUAUCUUAUGUUGUUCAUUUAAUUAAAAAUAGUUUUUUUCGGUACGGAUUAAAAAUAGUUUUUUGGGUACGGAGGUUAAAAGAUCUAAUAGCUCGAUCCUAUCCGAUCCGUAACGGUGCCCUCGGUUAGCCGCCUCGCAUCAGCCGUGACGCUCGGACCCGUGAAAGCGCCGCGCCGCGCCGUACAUAUACUAACUCAUCAGAGUCUCUGUGAGGCAGUGAGCGCACACGACGACGUGACGGCCAGGAACGGCAAGCGAACGACGACGGCGAGCACCAUGUCUGCGCCGGCGGUGGCUGCGGCGGCCGAGGGGGCGAGGCGCAUCAUCUUGGUGCACGGCACGGGCCACGGUGGGUGGUGCUGGUACCGGGUCGCCACGCUGCUCCGCACCGCGGGCCACCGCGUGGACGCGCCGGAUCUCGCGGCCUCGGGCGCCGACGCGCGCUCCCUUCACGACGCGCCCACCUUCGAGGACUACACGCGCCCGCUGCUCGACCUGCUCCGCGCGCUCCCGGUGGGGGAGAGGGCGGUUCUGGUCGGCCACAGCUUCGGCGGCAUGAGCAUCGCGCUUGCCGCGGAGGUGUUCCCGGAGAAGGUCGCGGCCGCGGUCUUCGUCACCGCGUUCAUGCCGGACUGCAUCAACCUGCGCUCACACGUCAUCGAACAGCUUCCGCUGUUGGACUGGAUGGACAGCGUGACGGACGCAGAGCACGUUCCCCCCUUGGUGUUCCUCGGGCCCGAAUUCCUGCGGCAGAAGCUCUACCAGCUGAGCCCACCGGAGGACUACACGCUGUCGCAGAGCCUGGCCCGGACGAGCUCCUACUACGUCGCCGACCUGCAGAGCCAGCCGCCGUUCAGCGAGGCCCGGUACGGCGCGGUGUGCAAGGUGUACGUGGUCUGCAAGCAGGACCAGGCCAUGGUCGAGCCCUACCAGCGGCAGAUGGUCGCCAGCUGUGCAGUGGCGGAGGUGAGGGAGAUCGCCGACGCCGACCAUAUGGCCAUGUUCUCCGCACCGGCCGAGCUCGCGGGGCACCUCGCAGACGUCGCCAACACGUUCGCCUGAUGCCAUCAUUUUGGUUGGGCCUUCAGUGCCGGUCUCUACGUGGAACUCGGCCAUGCUAUCUGUACCAUUAUAUAUAUUGAACAUGCAUUGAAAUAUUUUAUGUCAAUAAGAAGCUUUGCGUAUUAUAUUGAACA